AUGGCGAAAAGAGAUGACCGCAUACAGCGAGCGAUAUAUAACGAGAAAAGUUGUUGUGAUGUACGACUGCUUCAAAUGAUCGUUUAUUUCUUCAAUUUUCUCUUUUAUAUCAAUUCCAUGGCAUUUAUUGGACUAGCUAUGUGGACUUAUACUAUGAAAUAUACAAUGAUUGGUUCGUUAUUGUAUAGCAACAGGUACCUGCACAGUAUCGGUCUGUGCUUCGUUGUUGGUUUAGCUGUAUUUAUUGUAGCUUCCUCAGGUUGUUGGGCUAUUUUAAAAAGAAAACAAUUGCUGUUGUUAUUGUAUUCUGUUCUGGUAUUAAUUACAAUGUUGAUGGAAUUAGCACUAUGUAUUAUGACGUAUGCUUAUGUUGAGCACCUUGAAAGUAAUCUUGGAACGACCUUACUUAUGUCAGUUAUUCGCGAUCAUUCUGAGCGCAGUGAUAUUUCUCAAGCACUGCAGCACUUACAUCAGCAGGGUCGCUGUUGUGGUUCUCAGUCUUUCGAGGACUGGCGUGAUUCUGUUUGGUGGCAAAAGGUAAAUGGCCUAGCUGAGCUUAAACAGCGUUCUUUUGAUUUGGUUGUACCGGAUUUUUGCUGCCGUUCAGUGAAACCGAACUGCGGACGCCGAGAUCAUCCCUCCAAUAUUUAUUAUAAUGGAUGUUUAAUUUAUUUGAAAAAAAUGAUAAACGAGCAAUUACUGAUCAUAUGUGGUACUGCAUUUGCAUUUGCAGUUAUGCAGCUAUUUGGCAUGUGUUUUGCUGCAUAUUUGUAUAUGAAGUGGCGUGAAUUCUUAAAGUUUCGAUCUAUAAGCUCUAAUAGCAGGGAAAAGAACGAUAUGACUAUCAUGUAUUCUUUAUGA